AUGGCAGUUGUAUUAACUCCUCUCGUUGGAUCAUGUGUCAAUAGGUUGAUAGAUAUCAUAGCAGAUAAGACAAUUAUGAUUCUAGGGGCAAGAGACGAUCUUGAUAUUCUACACCAAACAAUACAUCAUAUACAAUACUAUCUUCAGGAUGCCGAGCAAAGGAGAAUGGAAGAUUUAGCAGUUAACAACUGGCAUGGUGAGCUACGGGAUGCAAUCGAUGAGGCUGAUGAUAUUUUCGACCUAAUUGAAGGAAGGAAGCUACUUAAAGAUAUUCCUUCAUCAUCAAGAAACACACCUGCAUGUAGUGGCAUUUCAUUCUUAUCUUGCUUUACUGAUAUUCUGAAGCGUCAUGACAUUGCUGCUAAAAUCAGAAAGGUCAACACCAGAAUAGAGAAUAUCUCGAAGCUGGGUCAAAGUUUUCUAACACGUUCCGAUGUGGCACCUGUUGGUCAAAGAGCAAUAUCUAGAUCAAGAAAGAGUUCCAACCUUGUUGAGCCUAACCUUGUUGGGGAGGAGAUCAAACAUUCUAGUAGGAAGUUGGUGGAGUUGGUGCUUGCAAACAAGGAAAAUAAGUUAUACAAACUUGCAAUUGUUGGAACUGGAGGAGUUGGCAAGACAACACUAGCUCAGAAAAUAUUCAACGAUGAAAGAAUAAAGGGGAACUUCAAGAAACACAUGUGGAUUUGUGUUUCACGAGAUUAUAAUGAAGUUAUUCUUAUGAAAGAGGUGCUAAGAAGUAUCGGAGUUCGUUAUGACACAGAUGAAAAUGAGGGGGAGCUUAGUAGCAAGCUCAAAGCAGCCAUUCAAGAGGAAAGUUUCUUCCUUGUGUUGGAUGAUGUUUGGCAGACUGAGGUGUGGACUAAUCUACUGAGAAUCCCAUUGGAUGCUGCUGCUACUGGGGUGGUUCUAGUAACUACUAGAGAUGAUAUAGUUACACGGGUAAUUGGGGUGAAAGAUGUGCACCGUGUUGAGUUGAUGCCCGUAGACGUGGGAUUGGAGCUGCUCUGGAAGAGUAUUAGCACUGAAGAAAGAGAUGUGCCCCAUAAUCUGCAUGAUAUUGGGCUGCGUAUAGUCAGGAAAUGUGGUGGAAUUCCUCUUGCUAUCAAGGUUACUGCUAGUGUUCUAGCAACAAAAGAGAAAACUGAAAACGAGUGGGAAAAGCUUAUAGACAGAAGUGCUUGGUAUGUGAGCAAUGUUCCUACAGAGCUAAGUGGUGCUUUGUAUUUGAGUUAUGAUGAUCUGCCACAAUAUCUGAAGCAAUGUUUCCUGUAUUGUGCCUUAUAUCCAGAAGAUCAGUUUAUGUUACGUGACGAUCUUGUAAGGUUUUGGGUCGCUGAAGGUUUCAUAGAAAAACGGAAAGACCAACUUCUGGAAGAUACAGCUGAAGAAUAUUACUAUGAGUUGAUACACAGGAAUCUCCUUCAACCAGACACUAGAUUUUAUGACCAUAGGUGGAGCAAAAUACAUGACCUUUUAAGGCAACUUGCUCAACAUUUAUCAGGUAGAGAAAUAUUUUUUGGAGACCUACAGUCAUUGGAGGCUAAAGAUUUGUCCAACCGACGACGCAUUUCAGCUUUUACUGACAAGGAUUCUGUAAUGCUCUCCAAUGUGGGUCGGGAGCAUAUUAUUAGAGCAAGGACAUUGAUGAUUCGCUCUCGCGAGACACCAAGAAUUGCAAAUACAAUAUUCAGGAGACUUCCAUCCAUCCGAGUUUUGGAUCUGACGGAUUCAUCUGUAGAAAGUAUUCCAGAUUGCAUUGGAAGUUUGAUACAUCUACGAUUACUUGAUCUUGAUGGGACAAUCAUAACUUAUCUUCCAAAGACCAUAGGUUUUCUCAUAAACCUGCAAAUACUAAAUUUGCAGAGGUGUAAUGCUUUGCACAACAUUCCUAUGGAAAUCACUCGGCUGUGCAAUUUAAGACGCCUUGGUCUUGGAGGUACAGCAAUAGAUCAGGUUCCCAAUGGGAUAGCCAAAUUAAAAUUUCUUAAUGAUUUGGAAGGAUUUCCCAUUGGCAAUGGAAAUGAUAAUACAAAAACACAAGAUGGCUGGAACUUGGAAGAGUUGGCUCUACUUUUGCAGAUGCGGCAGCUUCAUAUGAUUAAAUUGGAAAGAGCAGCUCCCUCUAGUACCACUACCAGUGAAAUACUAAAAGACAAAAGGCAUCUCAGAGUUUUGAAUCUAGAAUGCACUGAACGAACUGAAGAAUAUUCAGAAGAAGAAAUUAGCAAUAUUGAGAUGAUCUUUGCUCGGUUAAUCCCUCCCCAAAACCUUGAAGACCUAUACAUCACAGGAUUCUUUGGUCAGAGGUUUCCCGCCUGGCUUGGUACUUCCCAUUUGUCCUCAGUGAAACAACUGUACCUCACAAAAUGUAAAUCAUGCGUGCAUCUUCCACCAAUGGGGCAGCUACCCAAUCUGAAAUAUCUGAAAAUUGUGGGGGCAGCAGCAAUAAACAAGAUUGGGCCUGAAUUUCUUGGUUGCAGGGAGACUAGUCCCGGAUCUUUGGGGGUAGUUGCUUUCCCCAAGCUUGAAAUAUUGGACAUAAUAGAUAUGCCCAACUGGGAAGAGUGGUGCUUUGUUGAAGACAGAGAAAAUGAUGCAACAGCAGGGAUAGGAGGGGAAGAGGAUGGAGGUGUUGAUAUACAAAAUCGGGAAGGCGUGUCUUCAUUUCUGCAGCUGCUGCCGCAUUUGAAGGAGUUGAGACUCCUUGGCUGCCCCAAGCUGAGAGCCCUCCCGUGGCAGCUUGGAAAGGAGGCAACUAGUUUGAAGAAGCUCAAAUUAGAAGGAACAAGCUGCUUGAAGGUGGUAGAUGGCCUUUUGUUCCUCACUGAGACCCUUCAAAUCAUGGGCUGUGAGGGUCUGGAGAGGGUAUUGAAUUUUCCACAGGUGAGGGAGCUGCGUGCACAGGCUUGCCCAAAGUUAGAGCGUGUUAAUGGAUUCGGCAAUUUGCAGCACUUGUGGUUGGCUGAGGAUAUGGAACAGAUUGCCAGACGUUGGGUGCCAGGGCUUCAAGAACAGCACCAGCGACUUCAUAAGGAAGGCAUUGAUGUCCACACAUGGAUUUACUAG